ACGCCCAGCGACGACGACAACGACGACAACCAGCCCUUCAACGGAAUCGCCAGUUCCUUAAUUCAAAAUGACGAAGGGUACCUCCAGCUUCGGUAAGCGUCACAACAAGACGCACACCCUGUGCCGGCGUUGUGGACAGCGUUCUUUCCACAUCCAGAAGUCGACUUGUGCCAACUGCGGUUACCCCUCCGCUAAGACCCGCAAGUUCAACUGGGGUGAGAAGGCUAAGAGAAGAAAGACCACCGGCAGCGGCCGCACCCGUCACCUCAAGGAUGUCCACCAGCGCUUCAAGAACGGCUUCCGUGUUGGUGUUCCCAAGGGCGCCCGUGGCCCCGAGACCGCUCAAUAAGCGAAUCUAAUAUCUCGACGUCGCGUUUUCGAUCUCGGAGGCUGGAGGGAACUGGUAUGAUUAUGGCCUAGCAUAUGAAGUAGCUGGUUUCAAUGCAAGGGCGAAAUGAAAAUGAACGCUUUUUUCCAGUGGAGUUGGUGUUGCGACGGUCUUCUCUUUUUGCCGCCAUAGCAUUUCUUCUUCCAAGUCACAAAAUUCGACGACAA